AUUACGAAGCGCUUUUGCUUGUUCAGGGCAAUGUUAUGAACGAGCCUUCAAUUCUAUGUUAGUCAUCAUCACCUGUAGGACGUAAACAAAGAUGGACGAAGAAUUACUUGUGUAUGAACAAGAUGAGGUGUACACUCUGCCGGCCUCUCAAGAGGAACUCUCCGUUAGCGGAAAACUUCGAAUCUUAGAGAAGCGUCAUGGUGUUGUCGUGGAAUGGAGGUGCUCAGACGAUGAAUGCUCUGCAGAGAGUGAGUGGGCAGUGAUUAAUACAGCUGCUGUCACUUUUACACAUCAUAAUAUCUCAGAUUCUGUUGAAAUAUCAACCCCUCGUCGGUAUGUCCGGCCGAUCUGCAUAGAACUGAUUGAUCUUCGUAGUUAUAGGAUUGGUGACAAUACAUCAUUAGUUCUUAUCCAGCGAGAUGGAACCACGCAUCCAGCACUGGCUUUUCACAGUGGGUCUGUGCACUGCUUUGUAGAUGUCCUGCUGAGAUAUGUUGAUGUGAAGAAAUCUGAAAAGGACAGCAACCUCUAUUUGAUUGUUGACAAGAAGCAGAACUCUACGGAUGAGAAGCUUUCUGCCCUGAACUUGGUGCCAGACCGUCGAGGACCGGGUGGAUGGGGAGGGGGAGGUGGGCCGAGUGGAAUUCCCUGGGGUAAUGCGCAGCAGAGAGUUUGGGGGUUCUUUAACAACUGGAAGAGAGAUCCGUACACCACGACUGUCAGUACACUCUCCAAAUUCUAUGAUGCCGUGUUAUAUAAUGGGGUCGAUGGAUAUGUUCGAGAAUCAGAUGGGGAAGAUGAUGUUGCUGAGAUAUUCCACAGUCUCAAUGGAUUUGAAGUUCUGGAACCAGGUUAUGAAUUGCUAACCAAGAAGGGAAAACUUGCUGAACGGCCUGAUGUCGACAGACUGUCACCACUUACUCAUGAUGAAUUCCAGCAAUACAUAGAUGAUGAUGGGAGAAUUCUAGAUGUUGAGCCAUUACAACAAAGAAUAUUCAGAGGGGGGAUACAUCCAAAUCUUCGACGAGAAUUGUGGUGCUACCUUUUGGGUCACAACCAGUGGAAUUCGACCUACAUGCAGAGAGAGGAGAACAAGAGAGAGAAGGAGAACUUGUACUUCACGAUGAAACAACAGUGGAAAACAAUUACACUAGACCAAGAGAGUAGAUUUAGUGCCUUCAAAGAACGCCGAAGUCUCAUUGAAAAAGAUGUGAACCGAACGGACAGGAACCACCCCUUUUUUGAAGGGGAACACAACCCAAAUGUAGUGUUACUUCAUGACAUUCUGAUGACCUAUGUCAUGUAUAACUUUGACCUUGGCUAUGUCCAGGGUAUGAGUGACCUCCUUGCGCCAAUCCUUUAUGUCACACAGAAUGAACCUACAGCUUUUUGGUGCUUUGUGGGCUACAUGGACAUGGUGUACCGUAAUUUUGACAUGGACCAGUCGGGGAUGAAGCAACAACUCCUGGAUGUGCAUCAUCUGGUACAGGUGGUGGACCCAGAGCUCAUGUCCUACCUCGAAGCUCGGGAGUCUGCAAACUUCUAUUUUUGUUUUAGAUGGCUCUUGGUACGGUUCAAGAGAGAGCUUAAUUACGCCAGCACUCUGAGGUUAUGGGAAGUGCUAUGGACUGGUCAGCCUUGCCCAAAUUUCCACUUGUUAGUUGUGGUUGCGUUACUGGACACAGAAAAGAACACCAUUAUGGAGAAUAAGUUUGGAUUCACAGAGAUCCUUAAGCACAUCAAUGACAUCUCGUGUCGGAUUGACCUUGAGCUGACACUUAAAAAAGCAGAAGCCAUAUACUUACAAAUAUCUAAGUCGAACAACGUCCCAGACAGAGUGAGAGCACUGUUAGGCCUUCCCAUUCAAGAAUCUGCUCCUAGUGAUCCUUCUCAAAAGGAUGAUGACGAACCUUUAAGGCCUCAAGACAGUGAUGGCGAAGAUGUUUCCCUCACAGGAGGGUUAGUGGGUGUUGUCAGCAGUAUGAUAGGAUCAGCAGUAAGACACCUGAGCGGGGAUGACCUGACUUCCGUUUCUUUAGAAGCUGUUCCGGGAGGAGAGGACGACGAAGAGAAACGCUUUGAAACAGCGCUCAGUCAUCAAUUUGUAUAGCCAGGGGCAGCAGCAAGGUCUCGCUAUCCUCUUUAACGCAAUUAUGGUUUCCUCCAUACUGGAUGUGGAUUGUAAAUACUGUAUAUGAUUUUCAUAUAUGUCCAUAAGCUUGUCAUAUUGAUUUUUUAUGUAUAAAUAUAAUGGAGUGGAUGAAGGUGAACUUGAAUGAUUGUUUAUUGAAAGGAUGUCAUGACAGCUGUAUGGGUUACACACAGUCUUAUUAUAUAUAUAAGUUAUACAACUUCUAUGAGUUAGUUUAAUACGGUAAAAUUGGACUAAUUUUUUAUUUUCAUUUCCAACUGUAUAUAUUAUUUUCAUAUAAGUAUUUUAUACUGUAUAUUGUAUAAAAGUUAGCACUUUAUCUGUUGAUAAUUUGUUUGAGUUUACAUUCAAAAUAAAAUAUUUUAUUUAGAGAUUAUA